AUGUUUAGGGGUGUUUUGGGUGCAUUAACUGGUAAUAGAGGCCAGGUCACUUUAACCCAAGAGGAGAAAGUCAGGAGAGUUUUGAAACAGGCUCAUGAUUUUGAAAUUGCUUUGAAGGCGAUGGAUUACGUCUUGGAUGACAGAGCUGAUGAAGGUUUAAGUUUGCUUGCUAAUGGGGAAUCUGAUAUUGAGAAACGAUUAGGAGGGGACGAAUCAGCCGAAGUAAAUCCAAACGAUAAGACUAUUGGAGUCUUGGCUAAAGGUGUUAUUGAAUUCUUAGAGGCAACUUUGGGUUUUGAAGCUGAAGAAAUGAAGAAAGCUUCUGCAACAUUGGCCGAAGCAGAAAAUUUAUCGUUGAAGAGUAGACAAUUCGCCCAAAAGAUGGAUUUAAGAAGUAGUUCGAUUUAUCCACCUGGUACUGUUUAUGCAGUUACCUACACAGAGUCUUGUUUGUUACACGCUCUGUUAAUGAUUUUUAGUGAAAGUGUUCUUGAAGGUGCCAAAGCACUACUGAAGUUAAGAAAAGCUUACUACAUGUUGCAAGAAAUUUUUCAGGCCAUAAAAAAGGCAGAGAAAUUACAAAAAUCUGCAGAUAAACCAUCACGUUCAAGAUUGGGCAGUUUGAGAGCAAAACAUAAUAGCAGCAGUAGCGCUAGAGCAUCAGCAGCCGGUACAGGCAGUCCAAGAGUGAAAAGUGGUAGUGUUAGUAGUGCAAGAUCAUCUGCUAGUUAUAAAAAUGCUACAAACGAUUCAGAUGCAAGCUUUAUUAGUGGCACAUCCCAUUUCACGUCUUCUGAUAUUCCAUAUGAACUGAAUGAAAACGAAAAAGUUGAUCAUGAUUUACUGGAAUUUGCUGAAGAAGUUCAUAAAAUGAGAAUCAAGAGAUUGACAGGUGCUCACAUUGGUAACUCCCCAGCAAUUAACAGAUUGAGAACUGAUUUAGGUUUAGAUAGUUCCAAAGUUUUGCCAGAAGGUAAGGAGUCUGAAGCAUAUGAUACAUUAACUGAAUUAGAUCUAUCCCAAGCUACCAUUGACGAGUUUAUCCACUCUGGUGUUAAUUUAUGUUACGGUAUACUUCAGGUUGUUUUAUCUUUGUUGCCAUCAAACAUCGGUGCAGUUUUGUCCAUUGUUGGUUUCCGUGGUUCACGUGAAGAUGGUUUGAGAUUAGUUUGGAGAUCCACCAAGCAGAGAAAUAUUCAUGGCUGUAUCGGUCUAUUGGGUUUGAUGUUUUAUUAUGACGGCCCAUUUCAAUUUACUGAUGACGACUUUGAUAUUCCUGUAGCUAAAGAAUCAACAUCCUUGAUGAAAACUGAAACUAACAGUACUAUCAGAAGUGAAAGUGAUAUGGAUGGCCCUACUCUGUUGCAUCCCGGUAAAAUUCUAGAAAAUGCUCUAUUACAGUCUAGAGCAUUAUUCCCAAAUAGUGCAUUAUGGCUUUUGAAUGAAUCUACUAUGUUAGCUGGUAAAGGUCGUCUAUAUGAUGCAGUAACAUUAAUGGAUUCCAUUGAUGCUGAUCAAAUCAGAAUGAGGCAAGUAAAAUCACUAAUGAUUUUUAACAGAGCAAUUUUAUUAGUUCAUUUGCACGAAUAUGAAAGAGCCGCUACAGAUUUAUUAUCUUUAAUCAAUAUUAGCGGUUGGUCUCAUGCUUUAUAUUAUUAUUUUGCAGGUUGUUGUUACUUAGAGAUUUAUAGAAUGCAUCAAAUGGGAAUAAAAGAGGUUGAAGAUGCAGCUAAAUUUAAAAAUCUAGCUUAUAAAUAUAUUUUUGAUUCACCAAUAAAAGAUGGUAAGGGUUUCAAAUCCAAACCAUUACCAUUAGAUAAAUUUAUGAUGAGAAAAGUUUCACAAUUUGAAGCAACCAAACUCAGAUUGAAUUUAGAAGAUCCUCUGGAUGCUAUUGGUACUUCACCAGUUCGUGAACUACAAUAUUUCUACAAUGGUUAUAAUAGGAUGACCAAAGAGCAUUUGGGAAUAACUUAUAAGAUGUUGACAGAGUACCAUAACCCUGCCGUUGAUGAACAUAAUGAAGACCAAGAAUUGAUUAAAAACUUACUUGUAUCUCUAACUUUGAGAAGAUUAGGAAACGUUGAAGAAGGUUUUACUAUUUUAGAUAAAGCUGUUAUACCACAUUUCUUUUCAGUAAUUAAUGGCAAAACUAAAUAUGUAAAAAAGACAGAAGAUCCAUGGUUGUACCCAACUGCAUUGUAUGAACGUGCUUUAUUCACAUGGAAGCUUAAAGAAAUGGAUGGUUUGAAAGAAGCCAGAGAGUGGUUGCUUCGAGCACAGGGAUAUGCCGAUGAUUAUGAAUUAAGUUCCCGUGUUGAAAUGAAAAUCAAAGCUGCUCUUGAUAGAGUAGAACAUUCAUUAUAA